AUGAGUACAUUUAAUUCAAAAUAUUCCGGAUGUAUAAAUAGUUCUUCGAUCGGAUCUCCGGGAAGAACGGUUUUGAAUGUAUCAUUCAGGAAGGCUAAUCUAAGGAAACCAUUGGGGAUUGGAACAGGGAAUGUGAGAAGCCUGUUUGAGGCUGGAAAACAAGCGAAUCUCACGCAAGAAAUGAACAGACUUAAGCUGGAUAUACUAGGCGUUGCUGAAACAUGGUGGCCCGACGCAGGAGAAUGUGAGGUGCAAAAUGGGGUGUUCUUCUACUCAGGCAAUAGCGACUCAAACACAGGAAAGGUUAUACAGGUAUACGCGCCAACCGCGGAUUCGACUGAACAUGAGCUGAAAAAAUUUGAUGAAGUCCAAGAACUGCUUAGGUUGACUAAAAAGCAAGACGUCAACAUAAUCCUGGGCGACUUCAAUGCCAAAAUAGGCAAUGUUCAAUUUGAGGAAAUAGUUGGACCUUAUGGUCUCGGAGAAACGAAUGAGAGAGGUGAUCGUCUGUUGCAAUUCUGCCAGGAAGAAAGUAUGACGACUACGAAUACAUUUUUUCAGCUUCACUCUCGCCGCCUUUAUACUUGGAAAUCACCGGCAGACCGACCGCACAAUGUAAUACGAAAUCAAAUAGACUUCAUACUCAUCAACCGGAGAUUCAGCUCAACCAUCAAAAGAGCCAGCACGUAUCCUGGAGCGGAUGUACCUUCUGACCAUGUACUACUGAUGGGCGUCAUGAAGAUUUCUCUAUCAAGUCAAAAAAAACCGACAUCACAGCGACGGAUGGCGUUGGAAGGAUUGAGAGAUCCCGUCAUAAAAGCGGAAAUAUCUGAUGAGAUAAACAGACAAUUCAAACAACAACACCGAAUUCUGGAGAAGAACUACCAGAAUCUUGGCAGAGAAUAG